UCCCAUAAUUCCAGCGUACCGGAAACACACAGGUUUACAGUGCUGAGAGAGCGAUAUAUUUACCUUAGGCGGGAAAAAAAAACAAAACAAAAACAAAACUUAUUGCGCCACGUUCCUCUUAUAAACACGUAUUUAUUUAUCUUCAGUUCCUCCUAGUUUACUAAGCAAAUAAACACACCGGCAUUAUGGACAGUCGGGAGGACACAGACGUGUGGUACACCCAUCCAGUCUACGCCCGUUACUGGCAGCAUUACCAGCAGGCUAUGAGCUGGUACCAGAGGCACCACUGGGCAUACAGCAAGGCCAUACAGGCUGCAUAUGACCCUGCUCUGUACCCUGUGUUUCCCACCUCCUCAUGUCGCUACGCUGACUGGCAGGAUGAAGAGACGGUGGACAGAAUCCCUACACAAACAAGGAGACAGAGGGAGGAAGAGGAAGACAACACGGAGCCUGAAGAAGAGUCUGAGAGCUCGGAGGAAAGUGAGCUUGAAUAUGACGUCAGCAAAAUGGACAUCACGGCCGAGCUGCGGCAAUACUUCGCUCAGACGGAGCGCCACAGAGAAGAACUGAAGAGGCAACAGCAGAUGGAAGCAGAGCGACAGGAAGCCUACGUACCAGCCGACCAGGACCUGCACCAUUCUUGGCGGCGGACUGCCGAAGCUCCAGCCGAGCGCCCGGGAGAGAGGAGGAGUGCGGAGAUGAAGCGGCUCUACGGAAAAGACGCGGCCAAGAUCCAGGGCAUGGAAACAGCCAUGCAACUCACCUUUGACCGCAACUGUGACCGCAAGCAGCCCAAAUACUGGCCUGUAAUACCAUUAAAGCUCUAAUAAUGCUCACUAGUUAGAAUGCAAACCACUUUUACAUAAACACAACAUGCUAAGGGGCUCAUCAAAAUGUUCUGCCUUAUUGUGUAAAUCCUUUUGUACUUAUAAUAGUCAGAUUUUUGGUCCCGUUAAAAAAAUUGUCUUUGUUGUUCCUGAUCUCUCACUUUGUUAAUCCUCCUCUUUUUUCCCACUGAUGGAACAGUUCUGUCCUGCUCAUUUUUUUCUUUUUUUUUAAAUUUCACACAUUGCUAUAGAUCACUCUUCUAUGUUUUUUUCCUCCUUCCUCCAAGACAAUGAAUAAUGUAGAUAUUAUAUACAUCGAGCCACAACUCCUUCCCCCCCCCACAGAGCUGAUUCCCACUAACUAGGUCUGAGCCACCCUAACAUUUCCAGUCCAUUCUGUCUGUGUCUCUUCUCCACAUUUCCUGUGCUUGGGAUGCUCUUUGGUGGUUUAUUUGGCAUGUUGUUAUUGUAUGAUAAAGCACUUUUUGUAUAUGUUUGGAUGGUGAGUUUUGUAAUAAAAUCCAUUGGAUUCUA